AAUUUAACCCAAAGCAAAGCACAUUGACAUGAAUGAAAGUGCCAAACAUAGUAUCUAGGAAAAACCGAAAAUUUACCUGCGCCUCACACAGCCUCCUCCCUUACCCGCUUAUGUAUAAAGUUCCUGUUCGACCUUUCUUCAGCGUUCCAUUCUCAGAGUCACACACUUUGUUCCUCCUCUUGAUCAAUCACUGUCUCAUUUCCUCUUGCUAGUUCUGGUGGCGCCCUUCAUUUUCAGAUGACAACAACAACCGGGUAAGAACGCGAACGCCACCGCCUACCAAAACCCUACAAUGGAGUUCGAGAGGAUGAGGCAGUUGAUGCUCAUGUGGUGCAGAAUACGAAGCAACCGUGUCGCUCUUGUGGGUGGAAAUCAUACCGCCGCCAGAUUUUGCAGUCGCUGAGGUCUUCUCCUUUCUUCGCCUGGCUUUGUUUUCUCUUCAAUUUACGAAAAAUUCACACACAACCUCUCUCGAUCUCGCUCCCUCAUCGGUGGAUUUCAGCAAGGGUAUCAAGAUGAAGAAGCAUUUUCACGAUGGAGCCUUUUCGCUCAACCCCGAAACUUUUCUCGUUAUCAGGAUCCCGGAUGCGCUUGUUCUGCGCAUUCUAUCUCGGUCUUUGUUUUUGGCCAUGGUUCUCGCCACCUUGCCUUUCUUGAGAACCGCUCUCAGAGGAUUCUCCUCUGCUUAUCAUAACAGCAAUUCGUUGCUUCCUUCCGGCUCUCUCGAUGUGGGGCUAUUGAAUUCGAUUUUUCAUGAUUUCGCCGAUGAGGGGCUUCUCGGAGAGAACGAUAAGGCGCUUAUUGUGAACUCUCCCAUUCCCAAUGGCUUUGGGGAGGAGAUUGAUGUUGUCAUGGACUCUGAUUCUAAGAGAAAGAGCUUGUUCAGUGACGAGUCUUAUGAUUUUGUGUUCACCUCUGGUUCUAUUGAUGCCGAGUUUAUUGAUCGCAUUCUGAAGAUUGAUGGCAUUGUGGCUCUCCCGUUGGGGGCUAAACCGUUGAAUUCUGCUUUUAAAGAACAAACUAAUUAUAGGGUUGUUUUCCUUAAGCGAUACGGGUUUGUUAUUGUUGCAUUGAAGAAAACCGGGCCAGCCAUUAGGUUGUCGGUGGAUUCUGAUUUCUCUUCCCCUAAGAGGAAGCUCUUGGAGACAGAGGCCGAGGCCAAGACAGUGGCUUUGGAGGGUCUUGAGGAUGUGCUUUUGGAGCCUCCGAGAAAGGCUUUGGUUAAGUCAAGGAAGUACUUGAACAACAUCAAGUACCUACCUGACUUGUUAGGUGAUUCUCUCGAGGGUUAUGAUAAGAGGGUGUUCAUUGGUAUAGGGUUACCCGAGGAGAACAAGGGUGUGAUGCAAUGGUUCGAGAAGGACUAUCCGAAGAAGAAUACACAGUUCGAGACUCACAGCUUCGCGGUUGCGCCAGAAGAUCAUUUCGACGUUUCUGAUUGGCUGUCGAAGAAUGUGAAGGAGGAAGAGUACGUUGUGGUGAAGGCAGAAGCAGAGGUGGUGGAGGAUAUGAUGAAGAAGAGGACAAUAGGGUUGGUGGAUGAACUCUUCCUAGAGUGCAAGAAUGAGUGGUGGCAGACGGGGAAGAGAAAGAAGAAUGAAAGGGCUUAUUGGGAGUGCUUGGCUUUGUAUGGAAGAGUGAGAGAUGAGGGAAUUGCAGUGCACCAAUGGUGGGGUUAAUUUGAUUCAUCCAAGCUUUUAAUUAGCUUGGUCAUGUUGUUAUGUGCACAUUGUGGUGUGUUUGAUUUUCAGUGGUUGGUUUGUUUCUGUCAUUGUGUGCGUGUGAAUUUGCGCCUUAGGGAACGUGCAUGCUUGUGUUCCUUUUCCAUGCUGCUAUUAGUUAUGAUGUCAUAGACUAAUAGCUAGCAUAUAAAUAAAAGGCUUGCUAUCUCUAGUUCUUGCCUUAUGUGGUCAAUUGUGUUGUGUAGUAGGAUGUGAAUAAUGUGGUCAUGGGAAGACAUAGAUCGCUACUAGCUAUAGCUCAAGGUGGCCACGGAUAGAUGAUGGGGCAACAUUUUUAUAAUAUUCUUCUGCUACAAUGAUGAAUAACAAGAUAGAGAGAAUCUCAGGAUGCGAUAUAUUGUAACUUAUGUGUCCUAGCUUCUGAUGUUUCAUUAUUUAAUAAGAGAAUCAAGUCAAUCAUGUUCCUCUUUUUAGGACA